AUGAGGCCGGCGGGCUCUCCUUGGAUUUCUCGCUUCCUAUACGAGUUUCAUGACUCGCCCAUGGGAAGUCAUUCCGGGUUCCUUCGUACUUACAAGCGAGUGGCUGCCAAUCUAUUUUGGAAGGGGGUGAAACGAAUGAUUCGGGAUUACGUAGCUCAUGAGGUUUGCCAACGAGCUAAGUAUGAAGCCCGAUCUCCGGCAGGCCUGCUUCAGCCCCUUCCUAUUCCCGACAAGGUUUGGGACGAUGUCUCAAUGGACUUCAUCGGUGGAUUACCAAAAGAUAAAGGGUGCGACACUAUUUUGGUGGUCGUGGAUCGUCUUUCCAAGUACGAUCAUUUUUUCCUCCUCACCCAUCCCUACACUGCCAAGCAAGUGGCCGAGCUGUUCGUCCGUGAAGUAGUGCGCUUGCACGGGUUUCCUCGUUCCAUAGUGAGCGAUAGAGACCCCCGUCUUUAA